AUGGCGUUGAUGGGUGAUUCUUCCUCCACCAUCCACGCGUCGCCAUUCAGCUUUCCAAGGUGUCAAAGAAUGCAGACUUACAAACACCAGCGGCUGGAUGACGCCCGGUCCCAGAUCCGGCUCCUCAAGCUGCAUCCUGGUACCGGGAAACUCAGCGGUGAGCUCUUCGCAGUCUGGUUGGAUGGCUCCGCUUAUCCUCAGUAUGAACCCAUCUCGUACUGUUGGGGCUCCCAGAAAGACCAACAAGUCAUUUUGCUCGAUGGUUUGACAUUUGCCAUCGGGCGUAACCUCUAUACGGCGUUGAAGCGACUACGCUAUGCGGACUCCGCUCGGGUUCUUUGGUGCGACGUGCUCUGCAUUGAUCAAAGCAACACUGCAGAGAAGAGCGUGCAAAUACCAUUGAUGCGUCAAAUUUAUCAGAAAGGGAGCCGUACGCUUGUAUGGCUGGGAGAACACGAUCGACGAACAGCGCGGAUUUUCCGGAUGUUUGAAACCUUGGAAAGACGCUACAUGGAGGAUGCUGAGGCACAAAUGCCAUCAUAUCAGUGGAGAAGAAUAAAUCACGACCGCCUCGAUAUCCCGCGAUGGGCUCGGCCCUUGGUUCCCAUUGUCGGGUUUGUUACCGAUAUCCAAGGCGAAAAAGACAUAGCCAAUCUUCAGAAAAUGGAUUGGAUGCAUCGAGUCUGGGUCAUACAAGAAGCAGCAGUCUCAGAGCAGAUUACUGUCAUCUGUGGGAAAUACUCCACCAACUGGGAGACAGUCGUCCGAGCCCAUACAGUCUCAGACGCGGGCUGGGAUCAGAAUUUCUCAAAUAUCAUUUUCCAUGCACAGGCGUUCCGAGACGCUGACUACCAGUCAUUUGCCAGUCUCGUAUCAGAUGCCAUGGGUGCCCGGGCGACGGACGAGAGAGAUUACAUUUAUGGGAUAUUGGGACUUUUAGACCCAGACUCUGUUUUGUCAAAGGAGAUCGAGCCGGACUAUUCUGUAAAUCCCCUGGAAGUAUUUCACAAAGUGACAAAGAUCACACUAGAAAACACAGAGGACGCAAACAUUAUUCUCUUAGGCAGCAAGAAUUUGUCAACAAAACUCCCCAGCUGGUCGUGGCAUCCUUACUCCGAGGACGAUCACCGUUAUGUAGGCUGGGAGCUUCGGGAAAAGGAAGACCUACGAGCGACGAUGGCCUCAUCGUCCAAAAUUGCGUUUCUUGAGAAUGAUAGGGUAUUGCAGCUGGCAGGAUACUCGUUUGGGACCGUUACCACAGCGGGUCCUGCGAUCCCACCAGAGGAUGAUCCAUUUGGAGUCAAGAUGCUCCGCUUCAUAUACAGAUCGGUUCUGACCUAUUUCCACUCAAGGUCAAUCACUGGGGCUGAUAUUGAACGUCCAUAUAUGAAUACCAGUAUGACAACUACAGAAGCUUUCUACUGGUCUAUGCUGAUGCCGGAGACCGACGGGGACGAUGAGGCUGACCUAAACCACAACCUAAAAAUGGUCAAAGAUCUGGAUGAACUCCUCCGGAGAAAAUUUUCUUUCUUAGCCAAGAAGCCCGAGCUCUGGUCAGGACUUUCAGCCCUUUAUGUCUGGCCGCGGGUUUUAGAAAUCACCCUACGGUCCGCGUUUGGGAGCAGUCAAACGGAAUGCUUGGAAAUAAUCAGAAGACAUACUCACGUCUACGGAUAUCGAGCAAUAUCUACCUCAGAAGGAUACAUGGGAUUUUCCACCGGCUCAAUUCAUCUUCAGGAUAAGAUAUUCUUGCUCCAAGGGGUACGCACACCAGUCGUGCUCAGGCGUGCCAGUGCAAAUGCAAAUUGGAGGAUUAUUGGGGAAAUAUACAUCCCUGGAGCCAUGCUUGGCGAAUUGUGGGAUGAGAGCAAAUGCCAUGAUGUUUUGAUAGAGUGA